GUGUGUGUUUGUGUGAGUGAGUGUAGUGUUGUGAGUGCGCUGUGGCGAUGUCUAUUGGCGACAGCACAAUGGAAUUGGCGACGACCACGACGGCACGUUACGCCAAUGGAGGUAGCGGAGGUGGUGGUGGUGGUGGUGCGGGUGGAGUUGGCGUCCCAGUACCACCUUCGGCCACGGGUAGUAGUGGGCCGUCGUCCGGUGAGAGUUCGAGCCUUCCGACAGGCAACACGAUCACAGCACCGAACACCAGCAACACCAGCAAUAACGGCACCGCCGGUAACAAUAGUGCGAACAAUCUGAAGCGAAGCAGUAUGCGGCUUAUCGCGAAUGGGGCGCCAUCCGCCGCGCCGUCCGCAUCAACGCCCGCCGCCGCCGCUGCCGUCGCCGGGGUGGGUGCAUCGUCAGCGGCACCUGCAGUCGGUACGGUGGCUGCAACAGCAUCAACCACGUCUUCAACGGCAACCGCGGUCAUCGACACCGUCGCCUCAACCGUGUCCUAUCACCGACGACCGUAUCCGGAUGCGGCGCUACAGGAGGACGUACGGUACAACGGUGCUCCGGGAGGAGCCCUAGGGAAUGGUGCUGGUGCUAAUGGUACUGCUAGCAAUGGUGCUGCCAAUUUGCAUCCCGCCCUAAUGCAGCUUCAGCAACAGCAGCAGCAGCAGCACAGCAACGGCAAGCUGCUGAUGGGAAACGGUAAUGGUAGCCCAACGUCCGGCGGCCCGGAACGGAUGCUGAUGAGCGGGGUGACCUCCGUUAACGGAAACGCUACGAACAGCAACAGCAACAGCCCCAACGGCAAUCAGACGCCAACACCGACGAGUGUCCCCGGCGGGGGCAACAACACCAACGGCAACAGCAUUCUAACGCAGGCCGGUCUGGAGGAGUACAGCCGGGCGUACUACGAGCAGACGACGAUGUACCAUCAUCAGAAGCAAUCGUCCUACGCACAAUCGGAGGGUUAUCAUAGUUACGUGUCGAGUUCUGACUCAAGCUCCACGCCGUUCCUUGAUCGGCUGCGGCAGGAUAGUGAGCUGCUUCUGUCCCGAUCGUCCCACAACUGGUCCCAGCAGGACCUGCAGCAGCUAACGUCCUCGACGAGUAGCAGCAUCGGCGAUAAUCAUAGCUCGGCCGAAAGUAACAGUUCCUCGACGGAAACGCUCAAAUGGCUCGGCUCGAUGAGCGACGUGUCUGUGGCGAGUCAUGCGACGAGCACGUCCGCUUUAUCCAGUGCCGGUUCAACCUCGCAGCUGAUCGCGCACAGCUCGCGCGUCCGCACGCCUCAGCGCCACAAUUCCGAGAGCAUCCUGUACAUGUCGAACGAUGACCAAUCGACGCUCGGCGGUGUGUCCCAGUCGACGGGCUCGCUUCACAAUCACAACCACAUGCUGACGCAUCGCCAGCAACAACAGCAGCAGUCGCAUCCCCAGCAUAACCAUCACUUCCAUCGGCAUCAGCCACAUCGGCACAGUCAUUUGCACGCGAACGGUGCCACCGGCAACACCCAUCAUACGCCGUCAUCUGCAUCGAGUACGGGAACUACCGGAUCGGCAUCAAGUGCCACGGCUUCUGCUUCCCAGUCGCAACAAGUAGCUCCACAGCAACCGUCGCCGACGGGAUCCUCGACGCAAUCGUGCAACGGUUCCGCCCCGAACACUCGCUCUAGUCGUAGCAAUAAUCGAUUGUUUCCUAUCAGUACGUACACGGAACCACCUGGAAGUGGUGGUGGUGGUGGUGGCGGUGGAGGUGGGAUUAACAACAGCAGUAAUACUGGCAAUAUUCCGCAGACCAACGGUGGUGGUACGAUGCUCGAUAUCAAACAACUCAAUUCACACAACUGGCAAUCGGUGGCGGAGCGAAUUUAUGAGCUGGAAAAGCAUCAACAGCAACAGCAUCAUGGCAUAAAUCUGCAUAGUAGUAGUACAUCGAAUUUGAGUGGGAGUAGUACUGGAGGUGGUGGCGGUCAAGGAAACAAAUCCCUACUGAAUCAACACAAUUUGUCAUCAAUUUCCAAUGGGUCUUCGAAUCCUUCGUUGACAUCACCUGGCAAGCAACAUCAGCAGCAACAGCAGCGUUACACCUAUUUCGAUCCAAGUAAAACACACCGUGUGUCGAAUCCAUCGCUGAAAGCAUUCCAGAAAAACGCUGUCAUUUCGUACUUUGAGCGACAACAACAACACGCCCGGGAAAGCAUUCACUCUCGCCCGAGCUCGCUUAAUCUAUCGACAGCGUCCACCGGCAAUAGUGGGAGCGCUACCAACGCUGGGGGGUCUCCGGGUGCAGCUUCAAACGCAAAGUCCCAGCCCGGUGGAAGUCCUCCCGGUGUAUCGACACCCGUCAUCAGUUCGCAUUCGCAGCGAUCGUCCAUAUCGAGUGCGUAUUCGUCAGCUGCUGGUAGCAUGAUGGAGCUAUCCAGUGCAUCACUAUCGAUGGGAAGCUACUCACCCCCAAGCAGUCUUGCUGUACAGCAGCAACUGGACAAGCUAGCCGUGAACAAUCUGCGGAAUCAACUUGCAUCGGUCCAUACGAUGAAUCUGCUGAACAAGGUUGUACCUCCACCUAGCAUACAAUCGGAGAACCAACAGCAUCAUCAUCACCAGCAUCAUCAGCAGCAAAUGAUCAGUAAUGCUACGUUGAUUCUAGCGUCGGCAUCAACAAAUGGGUUACCCACUGCCCCAGGCUCUAGUAUGGGUGAUUCGAUGAGUGAAAGUCAUGAAAUGAUCUCGACACUUGAUGGUGCGCCACCUCCACCGCCUCCGCCGAGAAACCGUGCUUCAAUGCUUCCGAUGGGUAGUGCGGUACCGUAUUCACCUUCAGCUCACAUGGCAACGGUGAGAAGGACAUCAUCUGCUUCAGAAUACUCUUCCAUACGAGACAAGCUGAUACAGCAACGUCAGCAACUCUCCAAGGAUUUACUCGGACCGAUGAUAAUGGGUCCAAUUAUUGCGCUCGACGACUGGGUACCGGAGCGUCCACCCAAGAAUCCAAUGCUUCGGAUACCGAGUCCCGAGCUACCGCCACCUCCACCGAUGCUCACACCGACGGAAGACGUACUCUUGAUCAAUCAAGAUGAACCAUUGCCUCCGCCACCACCGGAGUUAUUACGCCACAUGCGACAGCUAAGCGAUUCCGGAGACUGUCGAUCAAACUCCGCUAGCCGGAGGAACAGUUUCGCUGGUCAGACGAACAAAAAGAGUCUUUAUCGAGCAUCCACGUUUGAGAAUCUUUCUCCCGCCAAUGCACCACCUGCUGGUCAACAUCCUCAGAAUGUAGCCGUGGUACCUCCGAUGGUACCGAAGAAACCACAGCAGUGUUCAACGGGUACGGAAGGUUCGAGCAAUGUUCAUCGUCGACCAGCAUCGAGUAUGGCAAAGACACAAACGGUUCCUUCGAUGGCUUCCACGGUAAGCAAUGGUAACAGUGGGGGAAUGCAUCAUCAUCAUCAUCAUCACCACCGAUUGUCCCAUCAGAUGAUACCCAACGGAAGACCCUCUCAAGAUCAACAACAUCAUCGACUAUCGCUGCCACUGCAACAAACAUCAACGGCAACCGUGCAAUCAGGGCUGAUGAUGCAUGCAUCACCACAGCAGCAGCAGCAGCACCAACAGGCCAAUUUUGUUGCUGGUCGACAAUCGGAUACACGCAUUUCCGUACGCAAGCGUGCUCACAACUCGCAACAGAUACCUGUUUCGGAGUAUCUGAUGAAAAUGAAUGGAGUUUCGCAAAAUGGUACUACACCACCGCCACCGUUAAAACCGCGCAUGCCAGUGCAACCGCUGGCCGAGUGCAAUGGGCAGCAGCCAACACUGCAGCAAAUGCAGCAACAGUUCCUGCAACAUCAACACCAGCAGCAGCAGCAGCAGCAACAGCAUCAGCAGUUCCAACAGCAGCAGCUCAUUUCGAUGGGAAGCAAAAGCUGCACGAGCAAGGACUACUACAUCUACCAUGUAACGAGCCCUGAAACGGUAUCUACGAACGCAAAGGACGACGAUGGAAAACGCACUGACAGCAGGAGCAUUAGCUCGGUGUAUGCACUUAACUGUCGCCAUGGUGGAAGUGACGCGAUCAGCAGUGAUGACGACGACGAUGACACUGAUGGAACUGUGUCCACCUCUACCACCUGCUCCGUUAUCUCCUCUUCCUCUUCCUCUGGCCAUUCGGCUUCACGCAACUGGCUGGAAUUGCUGAGUCCAAGAAUUCCUAGUCCUUUCAGGAUGAAACGCACCAUUGCGUUAACGAGCAACUCAAAGGCCUCCUACCUACCGAGACAGCCACGUGACAAGCUGCACUCUGACCCCGAUCAUGGUAGCUACAAGCUAACACUGACCUCGAACGAGGACUGCAUCAAUCACAACAGUAACACCGGAGCCACCACCACAACAACCACGCCCAGCACGGGUGGAGCGAGUGGCGGACAUGAUGGGUUCCCGGAGGAGAUCAUCUCCUCGUCGCCCAAAUGCAAUCUCCCGGAUGUGCUUCCGCCCGGUGUGAAAUAUUCCAUUUACUCCACCAACAACAACAAUAAUAACGUGAACAACAACAACAGCAUCAACAAUCAUCAUAAUGGCGUCGGUAUUAUCAAGCCGAAGCACGGUGGUCCUCACUCCGCACCGAUCAUUUCAACGGCCAAUAGUCUGAAGUCACUGUUUAACUUCAGUACCAACUCAUCGGCCGACACGAAGGACCGUGAAGGACCCGUAAUACCGAACACUCCUCCGGCACUGAUGUUCAAUGGCAAUGGCAACGUGAGCCCCCCACUAGCGCAAAUCCAAGCCACCUCGCCGAAGUACACCUCCCAGUCAUCAUUCGAUCUGAAGAAGACACAAAUUCUGGACACUGGCGAUGCACACUGCAAUGGCUAUCGUCUCCACAAUGGCACCGUUGGCGGGAACGGCAUUCUUGGUCUGCCGACGACUCCCACCACAAACGUGAGCGCCACCGCCACGCUGACCUCGAUCGCGUCCAUCAACCAUACCGUGGUGGAGGAGACGGAGUCGGACGAGGUAUCGACUGCCCAUACCACGCCCGACGAUAGUGUACCGCCACCGCUUCCUUCCACACCCUCACCGGCGCUCAGCAACGGUCCGUCCAGCUGUCUGGUGUGGCCACCGGCACAAACUGUAAAUAAUUGCAAUGAAAAUUCCGAAAAUCUGACCAAUUUCGAGCAACAGCAGCUACACCAACACCACCAGCACGAAAGCACGGGUACCGUUGGUUCCGCGUGUGCCAGCUCCGAACGGGCCGUGACGGAGGCUGCCUCCGACAGUGAAGUUUCGCCCGCCAGCACGUCCGCACGCGACGAUGCGUUGUCGUCGAACGACGCAACAACAACAACAGCAACAACCGCAACGGAAGCAACAGUCCCAGUCGAAGUUGUCGUGGCCAAAGAGCAGGAAGGAGAAAGUUGCCCUAGCGGGUCCGAUGUGAUUGUUAACGGUGUUGGUGGUAGUGAACAUCAUUCGGUGUGUAAUUCCAACGCGGCCAGCCCGUCCAGUGGUUCACCGGUACCGGGUCUAGAACGUGUCACGAAAGAGAUCAACCUGACGCCGUCAGCCGACGGCGAAGCGGUUGUGAAUGAGCUUCCCACCAAUGCAACACCACUCCAACGAACUGAAAUAGUACUGCGUGUUCAAGCACCGACAUCUGAAGCGGCCUCACAGACCGACAGUAACGAUACCGGGUCGAUUCUAAGCCGUGGUGUCGCCGAGCUAACGAUCGAUUGUGGCCGUAAGCGUGCGGAUCCGGAAGUAGUGACCCAGGUUAGCUCCAGUCAGCAGUCAUCCAACGGUACGGCCACGUCUGUUGCAACAUCCACCACAUCCAGCCCAGCCGCAACACCGCCCGGUACGCCACCGAGCGGUAAGGAGACGGCCCAAAAGUUCUUUGCACCCGUGCCGUCCUCUCCACCACCGCCGACACCGCGUAAGCUACACCCGGAGGAGAUCGAUUGCGAUAAGCUGUCGCACGAUCUUGUCAGUCAACUGUCACCAUCGGAUAAGCUCCAUACCAUACUGGCGCCGAAAACAUUCAAAUCCACGUCGGACUACGUGUCCGACCUGUUCAACAUCCAGAUUGCACCCCGGCUGCUCAAGAAGGAUGCAUCGACCGCAACACCGACGGAGUCGUGUGGCGGAACACCGAAAAGCCCGCUCGGUAUUCUGACGUCCAGUUCGACCUACUUUCAAAUCUCCGAACCGAAGGCGAAGCUGAUGACGCGCUGCAGCCGUGAAAUGACCCUGAUCAAUGGUGAUUGCUGUGAUCUGACCAAGAAGAAGGAGGAACUUGUCCAACGGCUUGGCAAGAAGCUACUAGUCCUAACCAACGAGCAAACCAACAUUGCGGAGGAGAGCAACGCGAACGAUCUGCUCGGUAACGAUGUCGCGCUGAAGGUGGCACAGAAGGUACGCCCAACUGACGCCUCCAAGUUCCGCUCGUACGUGGACGACGUUGGGUACAUUACGAUGCUGCUUCUAUCUCUGUCCGGGCGACUUGCCCGAACCGAGAACGCCCUGCACAUGAUCGAUGCUAACCAUCCGGAUAAGAAGAUUCUGGAAGCGAAGCGGGAACGAUUGCUCGAGCAGCUGGACGAGGCGAAGCAGCUGAAGGAUGACAUCGAUCAGCGCGGCUCCACCAUCGCACGCAUCCUCGAGCAGUCGCUCACGAUCGAGGAGUACGCGGAUUACGAUUACUUCAUCAACAUGAAGGCAAAGCUGAUCGUGGAUUCGCGCGAAAUCGCCGACAAGAUUAAGCUCGGCGAGGAGCAACUGGUCGCCCUGAAGGAUACGCUUGUACAGAGCGAAUGCUAGUGAACGACACCUGCAUAUGUGGCCGUAUGGCGAUCGUGUUAUGGUUUUUUCUUGGCUGUUUUUGCUUCCCGUGUGCGUGUGUUUGCGUGUAUGAGCAGUUUUAGGAGGAAAAGUUUGUGUUCGGUUCUCGGUGUGUAGGGGUUGAAACCAAGCCAACGUGCAUUUUGUAUAUAGAAAAGGGAACAGGAAAAGGAACUCUAUUAUUUUUGGAUGUAAAUUUAGUCAAAGUCUGGAUCGGACUAGCUUACACUAUGGAGAGAAAGGGAGCAAUAAAGAGAAAGAGGGAGAGAGAGAGAGAGAGAGAGAGAGAGAGAAAGAGAAGGAGAGAGGCACAGCAUUCGAUAGGUUUAAGUUAUAGUGUGCUAAUGAUCUUCCAUUCCUAUUGCUGUUCUGUUGUUCAGUUCAUAAUCCUCUUCCAUUUCUUCUACGCCAUCGGAUAAAAUUCUCUUGCAUUUCAACGGUGUGAAGUUGAAAUUCAAAGAGUGUUGCACCGCUUUCCAAUAAUCUACUCCAAUAACCAGGGGUUUAUUUCCCCUAAAUUCCCCUCCAAAUGCACCGUCUAUUGUGUCUAUCCUUUAAGUAGUUUAUAUUCCGCCCAGUUUCGUGUGAUUAUUAGCGCGUGUGUGAAGUUUUUUUUGUUCUUUUUUACAAUUGUAAGCUUUCGAAGUAACCGAUAAGAACGAGUUUAUCUUCAAAUCUUCCAUACACAAUCAUGGUGCUUUACGGUGUUGCAACUAUGCGAGCGGUCUUAAAGUAAUAUUAGGGAAAAGAUAGCUCUCUUAACCCUUAGGAAAUGUAAAAAUUCAAAACAAAUGACAGCUCACCCUAGGAAGAGAAACAAAAUGGUAUGAAAAGUAUGGUUUUAUUUGGCUAAGUAGGAGAAGAAAGGCAAAUUUUUACAGCUUCUGUGUUACUACCCCUUACGAACUGUGUGCGCUCGUCUUUUUAUAGCAAAAAACAAACACAACAUUUAGACGAACAAGAUUUAAAACAAAGCACGGCAAACGAGAAAACGAGCGGGAAGAAAAUGUGAUUUUAUCGAAAAUAAUUAUUUGAUUCGUGUGCGUGUGAGUGCUACUGGCUAUACCGUUUGCGUAUUUCGCAUUCGGAAAGGUUAGUUGGUAUAGCAUUAGCUAGUUUUAAACAGUAAAGUUAAAAUCAAUUUAGAAUGCAUCAGAAAACAGAAAAAAGAGCUUAAUAACUACAGCUACUACCCGCGAAACGGAAUGGGGUAGGGUUUGUGGCGAGUUGUUAGAUUAUCUUAGCUAUAUACUUUAAUUAUCCUUCUCGGCGACUCGUCCGAUCGUAACGUUUGCAGCCCCAUUGUCGGGAAUGUGCGUUUUUUCUUCCUUUGUAUUUAGUGCGUUUUAUUAUAAUUUGUUUGCCGUUUCACACUUUCAUCUCACUAUCUACUGCUAGUUUUAAACAUUAUAGGAAAAUAUCCCCGUUCGGGGUUUAUCUGUCGUCCCGUGUUUUAAGUUCGUCCCGGGACGGAACGCAAUAUCCGUAUCCUUCGGUUUCUAUAGUGAUCGUAAUAGCGUCCACCAGUGGAGGAUCAAUCCCCUUGGAGCCCCAGGACGGAAUUAUAGUUGGGGCCUCUAAUUUUAAAAACGAUGAAGGAAGGGAGGGGGGAGGGCAUUGAGGUCCUUGAAAUGAUCUGCAACCACAUUUGUCCAAUUUUCCUAUGAUAGUCCCGGUGCAAGAGUCGGUUCCUGUCGCGCGUCGAUCGAUCAAUCCAUAAAACAUCUUUCGUACGGAUUGCGGGCGGAUCCUUCAUCUCGCUCAAACUUUCCGCCGGCUGAUACGAAAUUUCAUACAAACCAUACAUACUUUGUUGUAAAGGCAAGAGUGUAAUAAAAAAACGAACCAACAAAUAAAUG